CACCUGGCAGUUGUAGCCUAAUUAGUCGACAAAUGAUGACGUCCACACGUUUUGAUUGACAGGCGUAGCACAGGUGUGCUAGACCAUCUUAACCUCCUUUCUGGCAGUAUGUUGUUAGCUCCUCUCUAAUGUUUGAUGUGCAUUCAAAUAGCCUAAAAUAUAUCAGCUGUAAGGAAACCGAAUCGAUAUCGUUCCAUUCAUGACAAGCUUUCUUGUUGCAGUGUAGUAAUGCAGUAUGUGCUGCUGCUCCAGGUGUGCCUCUUGGGACUUGGCCUGUCCGUGGCCAGUCCUGGUAGGACGUUUCUGUUUCUGUUUCCCCCUCAUAAUGACUCAACAGCAAAUGUUGACCAUAAAGUAACUAUCACAGCCACUGAUGUUUGGACUGCAGUCACUGUGAAGGUUCUGGAAAGCAGCUACGUCCAACACAUCUUCCUCUCUGCUAGCCAGUCAAAGACGAUUCACCUGCCAUUGUCUGUGGGAAUGACCAGUGAUCGCUCCUCCAACCUUCUUAGUGUGAUGUCUGUGAGGCCUGUUACAGUCCUCGCCUCAUUUUGUACCCAGACUGGUUGUGACCACAGUCUCCUUCAUGACGUGUCUUCCUGGGGGACCCACUACUACCCCAUUACUCCUAACUUCCCUAACCAGACUGCUGUCAGCCAGAUGGUGAUCACCAGCUCAGACCAGGGGACAUUGGUAGAUAUCUUCCUUUCAGGGGAAGUGCUCUUUGAAGGCAAUAUGUACCCCAGGGGUAGCGUCCUUAAAUUGUAUAUAGGGGUGCUGCAGAGUGCAUACCUCCAGAGCGACAUCAGCCUGUCUGGCUCAGAGUUAAUCUCCAAAGAAGCUGUAGGUGUAGUGGUUGGUUUUACCUGCUCCAAAGAUACACCUGGGGAUUGCUUGUAUGGAUUUGCUGAACUGAAACCAGUCACACACUGGGGGUUUGAAUAUGUUAUCCCUCCCUUGGUAAACACAGGAAUGAGUUCCAGUUUCCUGUUGGCAAUGGCUACUAUCAACUCUGAACUGGACGUCACCACCAGCACCAGGCAAAAUAACUUGUCUCUCAUUGGUGGCAUUAUGAAGGCCAUUCCAAUUGUGACCUCGGAUAAAAUUUGCGUUAUUAGUGAUUGUCCUCUUCAACUUGUUUACUUCAGAUCUGGCAAUGCACGGGGUCCUUCAACUCUAACAGUACUGCCAUCUGUUGAUGAUAUCUGCCAGACUGUACCUAUGUUUGAUUCAGGUGAUAUGAGUAAGCAACAAGGUAACAGUACUCGCACAGGAGAUUUAAAGUCUGGUGUUAAAUUCUCCCAGAAGCUCAACCUAGCUCAGCUACAUGAUGAUGAUGAUGAUAAUAAAGAUGCAAAUCCUCUUACCACUGACCCAGAUGUGGGGCACUAUCUGAGUACAAUGAACAGGCGACUAUAUCCAGCACUGUGUGAGAGAGGUACAGCUUCUUGUGAAGAGUUGCACUGUGAAAAAUGGAAGUGCUUUAUCAAAAAUGGAAAACCACUCAGUUCUUUGAAAACUAAACUAUGCUUUGCAUGGGGUGACUCUUAUUUCCGCACAUUUGAUGGAAGAGAUUUUGUCCUACAUGGAAACUGUAACUAUACUUUAGUUCAGACGAUCUGUCCAGGCUUAAGUGCUUCUGUUCCACUACAGAUUCAUUUAGAGCAAGCAUAUUUGAACAGUGCUACUGCCUCCACCAUCCACACAGUGCAGAUAAGCAUCCAGGGCUUUAAUAUCUCCAUAGUUAAAGACGACAAAAAUCACGUUAGGAUUAACGGACAGAAAAUGAAGUUGCCCCUCACCUUGGGAAAUGGGUCCCUGAAAUUUUAUCCAAGUGGCUCGAGCGUUGUCCUAGACACUGCAUUUGGCCUGGCUCUGCAGUAUGACUGGAAGCACCAUCUCCAGGUUGAAGUUGGCCCACAGCUGUAUGGAGUCCUGUGUGGUUUGUGUGGAAAUGCUAAUCGCAGCUCCACAGAUGGUGUCAUUGCCUCUAAUAGCACUGAUGAGACCCAGACUAAAGAUGUUACCCUCCAAUGGGUGGUGAACAGUGACGCAGGCUCUUGUAUUGAAGAAUGCGCUGGAGGUGUCUCAUGUCCAUUGUUCACUCAAAACCAAACCAAAUCAUUUCCUAGAAUUAAAGGCAACUCCCUCGGUAUUGGGUGCACUCUACUACAGAGAAACAAUGGACCUUUUGCAGAUUGUCACUCGUAUAUUGAUCCUGAGCCAUUUUUUCGAAGUUGUAUAGACAAUAUGUUUGUCAAUAAAUCUGACUCUUCUAUGUGCAAGAUCUUUACAGCCUAUGCCAAUAUCUGCCAAAGGCUCUCGGCCAGAGUCCAAAACUGGAGAACCAUCUCAAACUGCUCUAUGAAAUGUCCCAUGAAUGGCCACUAUGAGAUCUGUGGUUCUGCUUGCCCUGCUACCUGCGGUAAUCCAGAGGCCCACAGUAGUUGCACCCGGCCCUGUGUGGAAUCAUGCCAGUGCAACAAGGGCUAUCUGCUGAGUGGUGGGGAGUGUUUACCGCAGAGCAAUUGUGGUUGUCUUCACCAAGGUUCCUACCAUCUCCCCAAUGAGAACUUCUGGAUUGACAAUCACUGCCUGAAGAAAUGUGUUUGCCAGCCUAGCUCCAAAAGGGUUAUGUGUGCCCAGUCUCAUUGCCAGGAUGGAAAAGUGUGCAAGGUUCUGAAUGGAGUCCUGGGCUGUCAUGUGGAUGGGCCUGGGGUGUGCAUAGUUAAAGGAGAUCUACAUUAUACCACCUAUGAUGGGCGUAACUUUGAUGUGUAUGGCAACUGUACUUACAUACUCACUUCUCACUGUGCCACUUGGGAGGGCCUGGAACACUUUAGUGUGGAGGUCCAGAACCAGAUGGAGGAUGCUACAAAUGUUUCCUUUCGGCAUGUUAAAAUGGUGGUCCCGGGUUUUGCCAUUGAGAUGUCGAAUGAUCGGAGUAACACGGUUAUGGUAAAUGGUCUGCGACUGCAUCUUCCAUAUGUAUCGAGCCAAGGCAAAGUAAAGCUCUACAUGACUGGACUCUCAAAGUGUUUAGAGACUGACUUUGGCAUUGUUGUAAUGUACAGCCCUGACGUCAUGACCGUUAAAAUGCCAAGGAUCUUCUCUGGUAAUCUCUGUGGCCUGUGUGGGAACUUUAAUGCUGAUCCAAAAGAUGAUCUGAUACCCGAUGACAAAUCUGAUAUUUCUCAGGCCAUUAAACGCUGGCAAACAAGCAGUGAACAUGAAUGCAUGGAUAUGCCUAUGAACCCUUUGGGUUGCAAUUUACAAGAUAUGGCUCUUUAUGGGGGAAAAGAUUUCUGUGUAAGGUUACUAGAUACAGAAGGAGCAUUCCAGAGCUGCCACAAAACAGUUGAUCCAAAAGACUUCUACGAUAACUGUGUUCAUGACCUCUGUUAUAGUAACCAGACUACCCUGUGUCAGGUUCUGUCCAGCUAUGUUGCUGUAUGUCAAGAAAUGGGAGCUAUAGUGGAUGAAUGGAGGGCUUCAAACUUUUGUAAUCUCUCCUGCCCACCUAAUAGUAAAUACCACCUGUGCUCCAGUCACAUGUCUGACUGUGUAGAAAACUCACUAGCAGUGAAAUGCGAAGAGGGUUGUUUCUGCAAACCUGGGUUUUUCAACAGUGGUGGGGAUUGUGUGCCAAACUCUGAGUGUGGCUGCAUUUACAAUGAUGUUUACUAUAAAAUCCAAGAGAACUUCUACCCUGAUGAGCACUGUCAGCUGCACUGUGCCUGUGUGGGCCACAACAGAGUGCAAUGCACCAACCACACAUGUCCAAAUGGAACAAAAUGUGCCAUCCAAAAUGGCCAGAGGGCAUGUCAUGCUUUACAACUUACAACUGUUAAAUGUGCAGUCAUGGGUGGCAGACACUUCAGGAGCUAUGAUGGGCACAGCUUUGACUUUAAUAUGGGAAGCUGCCGUUAUGUUCUUUCCCAGGUUUGUGACGAAGACGAGUCUCACCCUACUGUUAUUAUCCAGCAAGGACGGCUGCACCUCAGGGUCAAUGGAGUGAACAUGUCUUUGGAGAUGGAGCAUUUGGGCAAAGUAAAGGUUGAUGGUGUUUUGAGGCGUCUUCCUGUCCACCUGGAUCACAUAGGAAUACUGCAUUCUGGCUUUCUGACUCGUGUUGUUGUAGACACAGGAGUUCUUGUCACUUAUGGAGGACCUAAUCUGAUACAGAUAGUGAUUUCUUCCUCUGAUAGAAAAAUGUGUGGGUUGUGUGGAAACAUCAGUUCCGUUGCUACAGAGGACAAACAAAGCCUAAAUAGCAGCCUGGCAAGUGAUGCUUCCAUCUUUGGAUCUAUCUGGUCACUUUCACCACCUGGAACAAGCUGCUCUGAAAAAUGUGAUCUCUGUUCACCUUGCAACUCUACCAAGGCUGCUGAAUUUGUAUCUCAUAACCUCUGUGGCAUGCUGCUUGCUCCUGCAGGAUCAUUUAGUGGAUGUCACUCCACUGUGGAUCCUGGGCCCUUCUUUCAGAACUGUGUGAAUGACUUGUGUAUGUCUAAUGGGAAUGAAGAAUUGUUUUGCGGUAGUUUGAGAGAGUAUACUUUUGCAUGCCAGGAGGCAGGAGCUGAGGCCAAACCAUGGAGGGGUGAGAAGUGCUCGCUCUCAUGCCCUGAACACUCUCACUAUAAUAUAUGUGUCAGUGCGUGCCCUGAGUCCUGUGGUAUUUUAUCCGAUAUCCCCUGCCCAUGGGCCUGUUAUGAGGGAUGUCAAUGUGAGUCAGGAUACGUGCGGAGUGGAAAUGGCUGCGUCAGAGCUGAGCAAUGUGGUUGCUUUUACCUUGGGUGCUACUAUGAGAUUGGGGAGAUAUCGUGGGAUGAGGGUUGCUCUGAGCGGUGUAACUGCUCUGCCACUGCCGCCAUGCGCUGUGAUCCAGCCUCUUGCCCCGAGGGAGAGAGCUGCACCCUUAACAAUACCUGGGGCUGUGCAAGGGAAGAUAAGAUCUGUGAAAAUGGAGUGAAUUGUGGUGUCCAUAGCCAACCUCUGCAAACCCAGUGUUGGGUACUGGGAGGUGCCCACUUCUACACUUUUGAUGGAAAGGUCUUUGAAUUCCAAGGAAACUGUACCUACACGCUGAUCCACAUAUCCAAUGACACCAGUGAGAAUAUGACAUUUUGGGUUGGGGUACAGAAAGACAGGAACUCCAAUGAGUCUUCCUCUCUUAAAGCUAUUCAUGUCAAAGUAGCUAAAGACACUAGUAUUACCAUCUACAGAGGGGGGAAAGGCUAUGCUUUGAUAAAUGGCGAGAAAAGGCUACUACCCGUGACUCUACAGUUUGGACUCAUAAAGAUUUAUCAGAGUGGCAUUUUUGUUGUUGUGGAUUUUAACCUGGGCAUCCAAAUUAAGUAUGAUUGCUCUCAUACUGCCACUAUCCUCCUUUCUGCUACAACAGAAGUCCAUGGCAUGUGUGGUAAUAAUAAUGGCAUCAAAGAAGAUGACCUCAGGACCCCACAGGGUGAGGCUGUUGAUGCUACCACCUUUGGCUGGAGCUGGAGAGUUCCUGAUCAGGAAGCUUGGUGCACAGCAGAUUGUGGAGAUGCAUGCCCACGUUGCUCUUCUGAGCAGCUGCUGGAGAAAAAUUUAACCAGUCAAUGGAUUGCCAUGCACCAGUACAUUUGGUCACCACAAAAUCCAUUCUACCUGUGCCUGGAAGGUAACUACACUAAAAUCUCUGCAGCAGUCAGCCUAUUUGACCUUUGCUCUACUGAUGACACUCAGAAGGUCCUCUGCCUGGUCUUGGAGGCCUAUGCUGCCGCCUGUCAAAAUGGCCAGAUCGGAGAGUGGAGAAAUAGCACCUUCUGCCCUGUUUCCUGCCCACUGAAUAGCCAUUAUAAGUCCUGUGGCUCAGCCUGCCCUGCCACCUGUGAGGACCCAUUCAGUUCAAGAUCCUGCAUCCUGGCUUGCGUGGAGACCUGCCAGUGUGAUCCAGGGUUCGUCCUGGAUGGUGACACCUGCGUCCCCUUGUCCCAGUGUGGCUGCACUCACAACGGCUACCGUUACCACAUCAACCAGACCUUCUGGGCUGAUGAGGGAUGCACUGAAAAAUGUGUUUGUGACCCACACACCCACCAGACGCAGUGCCAUUUGGAUUAUUGUGGCCCCGAUGAAUACUGCGGUCUUCAUUAUGGAGUCAGAAGCUGUGUGCCGCACCCCCAGCAGACAUGCAUGUACACUGGUCAUCACAUAGUCACCUUUGACCAACAUGACUAUGAUUUGCAUGGCACCUGUCAGUACCGAUUACUGGGCAUAUGUGGACAGAAACAAGGCCUUGAUGCCAUUCAGGUUUACGUACAGACAGAUGGACACCUAGAGUCAGCACUUAAUGUCCUGGUCAAUGUGAGUGGUGUGCUUGUGGCGCUAAACAGCAAAAACACUGAGAGCACAGAGGUUGAUGGUGUCAAGAGGAACAUGCCCUAUCUCUUCAGCCCUACUGCACUGGCUUUCUCUUUGGGGCUGCACACUUACAUAUACACAGACAAUGGCUUUGAAUUUAGUCUCAGCAAAGAGGGCGUAAUUCGCAUUAGUCUCUCAAGUAAAUAUGCUAAUGCCACUUGUGGCCUGUGUGGUAACUUCAACUCUGAUCCUGCUGAUGACCUCACAGCAAAUGGCCCAGAGGAGCAUCUCAGUCCUGAGCAUUUUGGAAAAGCUUGGAGAAGUGGGCAGAAUCUUUGGUGUGUGGAAGGCUGUCUAGGAGGAAGUUGUCCAAAAUGUUCAUCUGAGCGUCUGGCCCGCUUCUCUGACCUGGAGGCUUGCGGGAAGAUUCUGGAAGUUAAUGGACCAUUCAGACACUGUCAUGGCAAAGUGGACCCCUCCAGCUUUUACAAGCACUGCGUCAGUGACCUGUGUCUUCAUAGAGGUCUCCAGCCUGCACUGUGUCACUCCCUGGCAGAGUAUACUGCCGCCUGCCUUUCCUACAAGGCUACAGUUUAUUCCUGGAGGAGUCCUGGAUUCUGCUACCCGUCCUGUCCCUCCAGUACCAGUUACAGCAUGAGUUCUGCCUCGGUUCCCCUCUGCCUCGGCUGGAAGAAUAACACAGUAGAGAUGCCUCCAAACAUUGGGGAGAACUGCCUCUGUGAAGAGGGUUUAGUUCACAGUGGCAGCCUCUGUGUCCAUCCAGAAAGCUGUGGCUGCUUUCACCAUGGAGAAUACCUCCGGGCAGGACAGGAGGUGUCUACAUGCCAGCAAAGCUGUUUAUGUCAUGCUGGGGGACACAUAACUUGUCGUAAUGUCUCCUGUGGAGAGGAUGAGGAAUGUAAGCUAAUUAGGGGUGUUCAAGUUUGCCACUCCAUACCCAAAGUGGCACACUGCUCUGUUUAUGGAUCCCAAUACACCACGUUUGACGGACAGGCAUUUGAAUUUCAUGGUUCCUGUAACUACACCCUGGUGCAGACGUGCCUCGAUAACCUGGAAGCGGAGUCUGUUUUGAUAGCUGCACAGGGCAACCACAGUAAGGGCAGACAGAUCUACUUGCAAGUCAAUAACAUGUAUUUUACGAUGUCAACAGCUUUUCCUGGAAAAAUUCAGGUAAAUGGAGUUUAUGAGAACCUGCCAUUUUCCCAGAGCAACGUCACUGUACAUGAGAGAAAUGGAUGGAUAAUCUUAAAGACCCCACAGUCAGUUGAGCUUAUAUCAGACCUAAAAAACCAUAUUCUGGUCAAGAUCCCUGACAUUUACCACCAGACAACCUGUGGCCUUUGUGGAAACUACAAUGAUAAUCCCUCUGAUGACCUGCAGCUGCCCAAUGGCACCAUGAUCUCUGAUCCUGACAUUGUUGGGCUGUCAUGGAAGUUGUCUGAUACUGACUCAUCCUGCAGCGACACAUGUGACAGUACCUGUCAACUCUGCCAGUCCCCAAUGCCCGAGUACACCUCGGACCUGUACUGUGGCCUUCUCACCCAUCCCAGAGGACCAUUCUCCUCUUGUCACCACUUAGUGUGGCCACAGAAAUACUACUCCCUCUGCAUGGAAAACCUUUGUGGUGCAGAGGGCCAACGCUGGGCCCUGUGUGAUGCAUUGUGGGCCUAUGAUGCAGCAUGUAAGGAGGCAGGAGGGAUGGUUGACCUCUGGACAAACACCACAGGCUGUGCUUAUCAAUGUCCUCAAUUCAGCCACUACAGCCAGUGUGCCAAUGCUUGCUCCUCACUGUGUCCUGAGAUUAGCCAGAUGGUACAGUGCCCCAAAGACUGUGAGGAAGGUUGCCAGUGUACUACUGGACACCUUUAUGAUGGCCAUGCCUGUGUACCAGCAGAGCAGUGUGGCUGCAUACAGGACGGGAAGAGGUUUAAGGCUUCUGAAAGCAAACUGCUACAAAACUGUACUGUUAGCUGCACCUGUGGGCCUCCUCUUGUCUGUGAGCAAUACUCAUGUCCUGUGCUGCACAGUUGUAUAGUUUCAGAUGGAAUCAUGGGUUGCCACAAGGAUGCAGAGCGAAACUCAGACCUGUGUGAGGGAAAAUGUGAUGAAACGGAGAGAUGUUACCUAAGCAAUGGUCUGCCUGUCUGUGAGAGCCGUCGGGGUCUGUGCUGGGCCUGGGGGGGCCAGCACUAUCACACUUUCGAUGGGCUCAGCUAUGACUUUGAGGGUACCUGUACCUAUCUGCUCGCAGCCAGCAAAGGGGCACCAUGUGGUCUGAAACCCUUUAGUGUAUCCAAGAAGACUGACUGUAAUGAUGACGGAGCUGCAUCCUCCACACAGGUGGUCACUGUACAUGCUUAUGGGUUCAUCAUCAAGUUUGGUAGUGAAAAGCGGAGCAUACAUGUUAAUGGUAAAGUGACAUACAUUCCUGCUAAUCUGUUGCGGGGUAAGAUCCAGGUCUCUUACAAGGAAGGCAAAGCUCUAUUGACAACUGACUUUGGUGUGCAAGUAGUCUUCAAUGGGACCUCCACUGUUCUUGUUACACUCGACCCACACUACAAGGGCAAAGUGUAUGGGCUGUGUGGCAAUUUUAACGGCGAUCCUCAAGAUGAGUAUCCUGUAACUACACCUGGUUCUCCUCCCAUUAAGACAAGUAUGGAGCUCGCUCAGGCUUACCGGCUCUUUGAUGGGGACCAUAACUGUGGUACUGGCUGCAAGCAGGUACUGGAUGAAGUGACCUUGCAUGCCGAUCCAGUUUCUGAGGUUGUCUCUAGUGACAGGGGAAAGUGUGCAGUGCUCAUGGAUCAGAGGGGUCCGUUUGCCCACUGUCACAGUCGAGUCAAUCCGGAUUCCUUCUAUGAAAGUUGUGUAGUCGACCAAAUGGAUAACGGGGAGUUAAAAGUGGCUCUUGACCAGGCCAUAUAUUCAUAUUCCUUAGUUUGUGAAGAAGACAGUGAUGGCUACCACAGUGGAGUGACAGUUGAUGUGCACUGUCCACCAAACGGCCACUACAAGACCUGCGGCUCAGCCUGUCCUCCAUCCUGUGAAUUGAAUGUCACUUUCUGUAUCGAGAUGUGUGUGCAGGGCUGCUUCUGUAACCCUGGUUUCAUUAGUAGUCAAAUUGGCUGUGUGCGCCCACAUGAGUGUGGCUGCACAGACUCCAGAGGCAAAUACCACAGCCUUCACUCAACUUUCUGGACACCGGACAACUGUGGUCAGCUCUGUAUCUGUGGACCAGCUACUGGAGAGAUCCAGUGCCGUCCAGCCCAGUGCCCCAGAGGAAUGGUCUGCAGGCAGCUACAGCACAAGCGGGUGUGUCAACCUGAAAGCCCCCAGAACUGUACCAUUGUCACUGGGCUGCAUUUCCAGACCUUUGAUGAACAUCACUUUGACUUUAGAGACAGUUGUGCAUAUUCUUUGGUUCAAACCAAGGCCAACCUAGGUGGACUAACACCAUUUAAUAUCACUAUCUCUGAUGCAAGUUGCCACAAAAGGCUUUUUCAUAGCCUUGAUUUAACACUCUCAAUCUAUGGUCUGGAGGUGGUAGUGAGGAAAGAUGACCCAGGAAAGGUUUUGGUUGAUGGACUGUAUAAGCCCUUACCUUACUCUCACCUGACAGGCCAUGUAAAUGCCUACCACACACCUUCGUCUAUAAUCAUUCACACUGAUGUGGGAUUACAGCUGAUCGUCCACAACACUGGUACACUAAUGGUUAUCCUCCCCAGCAGUUAUGGCUCUUCUGUCUCUGGUCUUUGUGGGAAUGCCAACACUGACCCUUAUGAUGACCAAAUUAUGUCCAAUGAAGAGCUUGCCCAAAAUGACCUAGAGUUUGCCCACAGCUGGAGGUCUCUGGGAGCAGAGGCUUGUAGGUCCAACUGCUCCUCCAGACAGAAACAUUGUCCUGUUGUUCAGAAGCUUUUUGAAGGCAGCGAUUUUUGUGAAGUGUUGUUGAAUGAGCUAGGGCCAUUUGCAGGCUGUGCCUCGGUGUUGAGUCCCAAGCUUUACUUCCACAGCUGUGUAACAGAUUCCUGCUCUUAUGACGGACACUACUCAGCACUCUGCAAUUCUAUUGCAUCCUAUGCUGCUGCCUGCCAAGCAGCUCAGCUUCCUGUCAGGCAGUGGAGAAGUGACACUUUUUGUGGUAUGUCAUGCCCUAAGAAUAGCCACUAUGAGCUGUGUGGACCUCGGUGCCCUGUUGUGUGCCUUGGACUGUCCUCUCCAGCAGGCUGUAGCGAAGGCUGUGAGGAGGGCUGCCAGUGCGACCCUGGCUACGUCCUGAGUGAUGGCCAGUGUGUGCUAGUUUCUGACUGUGGCUGCAUGCAUGAGGGACAGUAUCGCCCUGCUGGCCACUUCUACUCUGAGAAAAGCUGCAAAAAAUGUGACUGCAAAAGAGGAGAAGUGACAUGCAUCCCCAUGGAAAGCUGUUCAUUAAAGGAUGGCUUUGCCUUGCAGUAUGGGGUGUGCCAAGUGUUUGCUGGCUUUGGCUAUAUCACUUUUGAUGGUGUUAUUCUGCCUCACCACGGAGCUUGCACCUAUGUAGUGUCAGCCAUGCAUGACUAUACUCUGCUACUUAGCUUUAAAAAGGACAGGAAUGGCAUUUUCACAAUCAGCAGACUAGUAUUUCGUUUGCUUUCCCUGGAAGUGUCCAUUGACCCUGAAACUCUAUGGAAAAUACAAGUAAACGGAGAAGAACGCAGAGUGCCUUUUGACAAUGGAGAACUUAAAGCGUACCAAGUUGGCAACAGACUGCUUAUCACCACACCAUCCGGGGUUGGAAUUGACUUGUCCUAUACCCAAUACCUCAGGUUAACUGUGCCACAGGUAUAUGAAGGCACCGCUUUUGGCCUCUGUGGGAACUUUAAUGGGGACAGGUAUGAUGACUUGGAAAUGAGAUAUGGCCAUCUUGCCAAAAGCUUUGCAGAGCUCCUGCACAGCUGGACAUUUGAAGCUCCUGGACAUUGCACUGACACUUGUGAAAGCGAGUGUGAUGAGUGCAGGCUGUCCCCACAUGACAGCAUGGUCUGUGAUAUUCUGUUGAUCAAUAGUAUUGAAUUCCACCGUUGCUGGAAUAGUGGUGUUGAGCGCGAUAUUUACUCGCGUAUGUGCAUCAGGGCAGUUUGUGCUGGGGCAGGGCACAUGGCUGCAUGUCUAGCAAUGGAAGCAUAUUCUGCAGCCUGCCAGGCUAAAGGAAUAGCAGUAGGAUCAUGGAGAGAGAACACUCCUUGUGCUCUCCAGUGUCCUGACCGCAGCAGCCCAAGGGAGUGUGUUGACUCCAACUCAUGCCCUGCUCUGCUCCAGCCUGGUUCGUCAGCAAACGGCUGUUCAGAAGGCUGCGAGUGCCAUAGCGGAAAUGUGUUUGAUGAGGGAGAGUGCGUACCAUUCAGUCAGUGUGGGUGUGUUCAUCAUGGUAUAUAUAUCAAGAUGGAUGAGCAAUUGUUCACGGAGGACUGCACCCAGAGAUGCUGGUGCCACCCUUUGGGUGGAGUGGUAUGUGAGGAGGCAGGCUGCAGUCCGGGGCAGCGGUGUGCUCUGAGGAAUGGUUCCUGGGGCUGUCAUGACCGACCAGAAGUUUGUGAGCUCAGGGGCAGUCUCCAAGUCUCCACACUCAGUGGGCAACAGCUGAGCUUGGAACCUCAUUUAUCUUACAGCCUGAUGUCCCUCUGUGACGAAGCAAGUGUGCACUGGUUCAGCCUGAUCUCUUACCAUGGACCUUGUGAUGGCAGCUCUUACAGGCUUGUCACAGUGUUUCAAAUCCUCCUACAUGGAUCAUCAUUUACCAUACAGGAAGGCACGGUGAAGGUGAAUGGACGCUUUGUGUCUCUCCCUCACAUCUUGCCAUCAGGGGUGUCCCUGUCAUCUGGUGUGAACCAGGACAAGUCAGAGGUCAUUGUGAUCCUGAGGAGAGACACUGGGAUGGAGUCAGAGCUGGAGAUAGAGAUUGGUGUUACCAUGGUGGCAGUCAAGGUCCCUCUCUGGUACUUAGGCAAAUUGUGUGGUCUCUGUGGAAACCUUAAUGACCUUCACUCACACAAUUCACUCAGGCCAUGGGUUCUCACUGACUUUCCUGGCUGUGGCUUCACUGGAUGAUUGACCGUUUUAAUGUCCUAAGUAAUGUGAAUUGGUGGAUGUUUCAAUACAAAAACAAUUAAAACAAC